AUGGUCUACAUAUAUCUUUUCUUCUCUUCUCUCUUUCUAUAUAAUAUUAAUCUCGUUUCAUCAACUGUCUAUUCUUGCAAUCGCAAUGCUGAGUGUGGAUGUUCAAAAGUGGAUGUUGCGAUAGACAAAAUUGUUGGUGGUGAAUCAGCAGUUGAUUUAAGUUGGGGAUGGGCUAUAUCACUACAGAGAAGUGGCAGCCAUUUUUGUGGUGGUUCAAUUAUUUCACCAUUACAUAUCAUUACUGCUGCUCAUUGUGUACCGAAUUCUGCUACAAUAAUUAGCGAUGCAAAAGUAGUUGCCAGUAUAGAUAUAUUGAGUCAAUCGACAUCAUCAACUGCUCAAGUUCGAUCUAUUACUAAUGUUUUUUCGCAUCCGAACUACAAUAGUUUUUCGAAUGCCAAUGAUAUUGCUAUUUUACGACUUGAUCAACCAUUGGAUAUUUCCUAUGAAAAAGGUACUGCUCGAUUAUGUAUACCUAGCUUUGUUUCAGCCGAUAACAAUACAUGUCAAGGUGAUUCAGGUGGUCCUUUAAUGCGUUUUGAGCCAAAUAAACGUCAGUGGGUAUUAGCUGGUCUCACGAGUUAUGGAAGAGGCUGUGGUGAACCUGACUAUGCUGGUGUUUAUACACGUGCUUCUGCCUAUCGUGACUGGCUUCGAUCAGUUGUCAAUGAUAAUUUUAUUGAAUUAGUAAUCGAUGAAACUAUUACUACUACCACUACUACUACUACUACUAAACCACAGAUCCAUUAUAAUUGUACCGACUUACCAAGCAAUGGUGCUAGUUCUGUGUUGAUAAAUUCACUUCAAAGCAUACUAUCACCUUAUUGGUCAUUCAUCUUAUCACUAUACACAUUUGUUCGAAGAUAA